ACUGCCUAAGCAUUUUCUUCCUGUUCUUACAUUAAUAGCAUUACUGUUAUCAUGGUUCUGAUAUGUAGACAAUCUCCUAUGGAAGCACCAAUUGUUUCGUCAUAUAACGACAAGAUCAGACCUUUACUAGAUUGUAUCGAUAAGCUCCGACACCUUAAGAUCAUGCAGGAGGGAAUCCAGCUUCCCACCAUCGUGGUCGUCGGCGACCAGUCAUCGGGAAAGUCUAGCGUUCUCGAGUCCCUUGCCGGAAUCAGCCUGCCGAGAGGGCAGGGCAUAUGUACAAGGGUUCCUCUAAUCAUGCGCCUCAAGAAUGUCCCGAAUCUUGGCCAGCCUGAGCUCCAUUUGGAGUUCAAUGGAAAAACCGUCCCGACUGAUGAAGAAAGUGUUGCAGAGGCUAUCGUGCUUGCUACUGAGGAGGUUGCCGGCCGGGGAAAGGGGAUUUCUCACGCCCCUUUAACGUUGACAGUGAAAAAGUGCGGUGUUCCUGAUUUAACAAUGGUGGAUUUGCCUGGAAUUACUAGGGUGCCGGUUCACGGCCAGCCCGAGGAUAUCUACGAACAAAUCUCCAACAUUAUCAUGGAGUAUAUUACUCCCGAAGAGAGCAUAAUCCUUAAUGUUCUGUCGGCUAGCGUGGAUUUUUCUACAUGUGAAUCUAUCCGUAUGUCCCAGAAAGUGGAUAAAACAGGAGAGAGAACACUUGCGGUGAAGGUAUCAGCCGAUGAUGUUCACAUCGGGCUCGGUUACGUUUGUGUCCGAAACCGAAUCGGCGAAGAGUCCUAUGAAGAAGCGAGAAUGGAAGAGGCAAAGCUAUUCCAGAGUCAUCCUUUCCUUUCCAAGAUUGAAAAGUCCAUGGUGUCCAUUCCUGUACUGGCGCAGAAAUUGGUGAGGAUCCAAGCCAAUAUUAUCUCGAAAUGUUUGCCUGAAAUUGUCCGGAAAAUCAAUGAUAAGCUGACAGCCAACAUGGCUGAUUUGAACAGACUGCCCAAGAAUCUAAGCACGGUGGCUGAAGCCUUGACGACAUUCUUGCGGAUUAUCAGCUCAGCCAAGGAGUCGCUUAGAAAAAUUCUUGUUAGAGGUGAGUUUGAUGAGUACCCUGAUGAGGAAGAAAUGCAUUGCAAGGCACGAUUAGUGGAAAUGCUAGAUGAGUAUGCGGAAGAUUUGCGCGUAUCUUUUGAUAGCAAUAAUUUCUUAAUGGAAGAAAUUUUGGCCUUGGAAGAGACAAAAGAGAUUAGUUUGCCCAAUUUUCUUCCCCGUAGAGUGUUCCUUAGCAUUCUGCACAAAAGGGUUAAGGCAAUAUCUACAAGGCCAGAAGAUUUUGUGGCCAAGUUGUGGGACUAUAUUGAGAAGAUGGUGGUUAGGGUUUGGAAGGAAUAUGCAGAAAGUUAUCCACAGCUUCUGUCUUCCAUGAAGCGAGCUUCCCAGAAUUUGAUUGCGAAGAUGAAGCAGAAGUCUGUUGAUUGGGUGCAGGAAAUAAUCGGAAUGGAAAUGAUGGCGGAUUACUCUUGCAAUCCAGAAUACUCAGCAACAUGGAGUAAACUGAUGGUGAAGCAAGGAGAGUUGAUGGAGCGUUUGAAUGACAGCUCCAAGGGGUCUAAGUUAAAUAUUGACGGCAACAAAAUUGAAAUCAGCCAUCUAAGGGGUUUUGGUAGCGAUGCUGUUUGUAAAGCGUUUGAUAUGAGGAUGAGAAUUAUUGCGUAUUGGAAGAUUGUUCUGAUGAGGCUGGUUGACUCCAUGGCGUUGCAUGUUCUUUAUAGCAUUCAAACGCUGGUUAAUAGAGAGUUGGAGGAAGAAGUUGUGGGUGAUCUGAUGGCGCCUCACGGCGGAGGGAUUGAGAGGAUGUUGGGGGAGUCGCAGGUGGUCGCGGAGAAGCGUUAUCGGUUGAGCAAGAGUGUCAAGCUGCUCAUGGAAUCUAAGGAUGUUGUUGCCAACAUCAUGGACAGAAUUGUAUUGGCAGAUGGAUAA